CCAGAAUCCGAGUCGAGCAGGCAAUGCUUUCCGCCGAGCCAUGCCGCAGAGAUGGCGGAUCUUUGCAUUGGCAGCAUGUCUGUGCCGACUGCAUAGCUGGUCCUUUGGGGCGCUUAGAGGUGUCAAGGUGCCGCGGGCGGCCUGGGAUGACAAGAUCAACUUGCCGGCGCCAAGGCCCAUCCACGACCCCUCGGAGGCUGGAGACUGGGAAGAAGGAGGUGGGGCGGAGUCCGAGGGCUUGCCCCGGUGGUUUCUGGAGCUGAACGUGGCGGGCUUCGAGCCGGACCUCAGGUUUUACAGCAACUUCAUCGAAGACGCGGCGCGGCGCGGGGAUUUGCGCGCAGCCGAGCGCUGGCUUCAGAACGCGAGGAAGGCUGGCGUGGAUGCGGAUGGGGAAACCUUCAGCUUCCUUUGCCUGGCGGCGUCGAAGAGUGACCUGAGUGCUGCGGCGGAGUACGCGGAGAAGGCCGCGAUGCUGGGCUCGGAGCUGGACGAGGCGCUGCUCUCGGAGCUGUUGGCGCGGGCGGUGAAGGAGAUGAAGCUGGAGCUGGCGGACACCUUCUACAGCCUUUCCUCGUUGGACCAGCCCAGUGAAUCCACCUUCGAGUCCAUUCUGAGGGCCGCUGCCGCGGGCGGGGAUUUGGAGACCGCCAGCGCGUGGCUUACCAGAGCCGCCGGCUCGUCCAAGCCGAUCCGCCUGAGCCUGUCUGUCAUGGUGAGCUUGAUGGAUGCUGCGGCCAAGAUGGGAAAUCUCACCAUGGCAGAGGCCUUCUUUAAGUAUGGCCAGCGGAUGAAGGUGCAACACCCAAUGGCCUCGUACAACAUCCUCAUCAAGGCGGCCGCAGAGGCCAACUUGCCGGAGGCCGCGGAGUACUGGUUUUCUCAGCUGCGCAAGCAGGGCUUCCGGGCCUCCCUGCUCAGCUACACGAGCCUGGUGAAGGCGGCUGCGCGGGCUGGUGACUUGUCGCAGGCUGAGGCGUGGCUCCAGCGGGCGCGCCGCGAGGGGAAGACGGACAUCAUGAUCUUCACUGCCGUGAUGGAUGCGGCCGCGCGGCGGGGAAGCCUGUCGGCAGCGGAAAGGUGGUUUCGCGAGGCACAGGAGGAGGGCCUGGCGCCCAAUUUGGUGACCUUCAACACGGUGAUCUCCGCCGCCGGGCGCGCCGGUGACCGCCGCGCCGCGGAGCGCUGGUUUCGGAGGUGUGAGGAUGCGGGCAUCACCCCGAACAUCAAGACGUUUCAGAACUUGAUGAAUUCAGCCGCCAGGCGGAACGACCUGAAUUCCACGGAGCACUGGUUCCAAGUCGCUUUGUCCAAAGGUAUCAGACCAGAUAGCACCAUGUUGAAGACAUUGCUUACAACUGUGGUCUACAACGGGGAUGUCAUCGCUGCAUCUCGCUGGUAUGGCACAGCCAAGCAGCGGUCAGUUCAGCUCGACAAUUCCUCGGUGUCAUCAAUAGCAUUGGCGGUGGCCAGGAAGGGUCAGUCUGAGUUUGCUAGGUCGCUGAUAGAGGACGAGCACCAGUCUGGCAUGAAUUUUAGCAUCAAGACAUACGUUCAGCUCGGCCAGGAGGCAUCAAAGCAGGGCCUAAAGGAGGCGGAAGCUUGGUUGCAGCUGUCUUUGGACCAUGGCUUGCACCCAGACAUCGGCAUGUACAAUGCGGUUCUGGCUGCCUGUGCGAAGCAGGAGAACGCAACCGCUGCAGUGGGCUUUUUUGACAAGGCGCGGGCGGCGGGGCUGCGCCCGGACCUGGCCAGCUUCAACGCGGUGAUCCGGGCCGUGGGGGCGGAGGGCCUGAAGCCGGCGGAGCGGUGGUUCGCCAAGAGCAUCGAGGCUGGGUGGCGCCCGGAUUUGGUGACCUUCACAAUCAUGGUGAACAUCGCGUCUUCUUUGGGUGACCUGCAGUCUGCAGAGGGGUGGUUCAGGGCUGGCCAAGAAGCCGGCAUCAGCCCAGAUGCGGUGAUGUACACCAGCCUCCUACAUGCAGCAGCCAAAACUGGGGAGCCCCAAUUAGCAGAGAAGUGGUUCCAAGAGGCCGUGUCACUGGGCUUGUCUCCAGACACAGUUUCCUAUACAAAUUUGAUGGAAGCUCACGCAAGAGCAGGGCAGAUGACACAAGCAGAGAAGUACUUUACAGAGGUGGCAGCGCAGUACUCCCCUACAGUCGAAAGCUACAGCGCGCUCAUCAACGGUCACGCUCGGCUGGGGGACGUAGACUCUGCUGCGAAAUGGUUUGGAGCCAUGGAGCGCAGCGGUCUGCCCGCUACUGUGGUGCAGUUCAAUCAGCUGCUGAGGGCCUGUGCUGAGUCCUCAUCAGCUGGGAGGACCACCUUUGCAGAGGAGAUCUUCUGGCGGAUGUUGGAUCGCAAGAUUUCCCCGUCUGAUGGAACGCUGCAGGCUCUGAAGUGGGCAGUGGGCAGCCCACGCUUCCGUGAGAUUUGUUCCAAAGCCGGAAUUUCGGCACCGAAAGCGCGUUCUGGGAAAACACAUUGGUUAUUUUUCUGAGUGAGUUGCUCAUGAUUGGCU